GUGCUUACAUAGUGACGUAUCGUUUGUGUUAGCAGCAAAAUGGCGGAGCGUCUAUAGCUACGAGACAACAAUCAACAAAGUCGUAAAAUAUUUAUUAAUACAAAGCAUCGAUAUAUCAUUCCAGCUAGAAAAAAGACUUCUAUCAUGCCGGUUAAAAAGAAGGGAGGCAAAAAGUCUGGAAAGAAAAAAAGUACAAAAGUUAAGAAGUCGAAGGAGGAAGUCGCAAAGGAAAAACUUGAAAAGGCUGCUGAAGCUUUUGAAGCAACUGAAGAUCUCCAUGAAGCGUUUGUAGCUCGUAUGAACAAAUGGAUGAUAGACAAUUACUCCAGGGCCAUUGACUUGUUUAGAAGAUUUGACGUUGAUGGUGAUGGGGAGCUCUCUUAUGAGGAGUUUUAUGCUGGAAUGAGAGACCUAAAUGCACCAGCUAACAGCCUUGAACUCUAUGUCCUUGCUAAAAAACUGGACAGAGAUGGUAAUGGUCUACUGGAUUACCUGGAAUUCUCCAAAGGUUUACGGUAUUACAAGAAAGAAGAGUGCGUACCAGAUGAUGGUCUGCCGCCUCUGACGUUUGAGCGGGAGAAGCUUGAAGGUUGUCCGUGUUGUAAGUUGGGAUUGUGGAGACCAGUAGUGGAAAAGUUUCCAAGGUUUUUAAGUCUUGAGCUGAAGCUUAUAACAUUUGCAAAUCUACCACAAAUGAAGAACUAUCCAGGUCAUUUCCAGCUUUACGUGCAUGCGCAUGUUUCAGUGCAUUCUAUUGCCGAACUGAUAUCACAACGCUUUGGUGGCACGCCAAGGAACAUAUCAAUAUUCUGUGAGACAAAGGACAAGGAAAGAGUUCUUCUUGACCAUCAUAAGAAAUUGAACGAGUGUGGUUUCAAGGGAGGUCCAAGGCCUGAGCCACAGCUUGUUGAGUUGCUAUACGAUUAUGAGACAGAGUUCAGAGACUGUCCAUUACUUAUGUGUGAUCAUUAUUUUAUGUAAAUUUAGGUUAUUUAUAUGAUCAAGAGUUUUGAUUUUUUUAAAUAAGGGACACAGGCACAGUUUUAAAGCACAUGCAUGUUUAUUGAAAAAAUAGGUUCAACGAACCUAACAUAAAGUCAGGGUACAUUGAUUUAAACCAAGAUGCUCCCGGAACAAGGUUUGAAGUGAGAAUGUGUUGUACUAAAACAACAACAAACACUAAAAAAGAGAACCUUUUUUUGUGUGGGUUGGUUUUUGUGUUUACAUUUUUAAGGCAUGUUACCAAGAUUUCAUAUGUGAUAAAUGUAAUAUUUUAUCAGGGGCAGAUCUGAUUUUUGCCAAGGGGGUUUUUGACCCAAAAUUUUUCAUAAUUAUUUGACCUUCGUAACCAUUUUGGAAUGAACAGACACAAUGAAAACAAUAAAAAAGAUAGCCCAAUGGGGGGGGGGGGGGGGUUUAAACCCUGUAGAUCUGCUACUGUUUAUAACCCUUCAAUAAGAAUGACCCACAUUGUGAUGUCAGUGGUGGUGGUGGGGUUGGGGAGCUUGUGUAACUAACCACCUUAGCUGUCCACAGUACCAAAAUAAUUGUGUAAUACUUUUUCUGACUAGACUACAUCUUGUUAAUGAAUGAAAAUAUACACUUUUUUAUAUCAAUGCUUCUAAGGAAUAAACCACAUAUUUGUGUGAAUCUUAUGUUGCAUCUCCCAAGCCAGAUUUCACCAUAUUUGGCUGUCGAAAUGACCAGAUAGAAUAAACGGUACAUGGUACUGGCAAUGGUUUUACUGUUAAGAAUGUGCCAUACUUGAAGAGCUAGGAGACCAUGCAUCUACUACUUAUGAGUUGUCUAAUGCUAUGUCAACAAAGAAAUCAAUUCAAUAAAAAAGUCCUUUGUUAA